AUGUGGGAUCGAAGCGAGUGGCAUAGUAAGAGCAAAGUGAGUGAGUGGGCGUUCACAGGGAAUAACGCCAAGGUCGUCUUUCCAAAUCAGAACCAACCCGAGCUCGCCCUGGACCAUCGGUUCCACUGGUCCCUCUUCGUCUUCUUCAACCAUCCCAAAGGCAGAGACAAUAUCAUAGAGCUCUUCCUCUACCAGCCCAAAUACCUGAAUGCCGUCCACACAAUGAGCCCACACAUCCUGAGAUUCCUUACGACUGCAGUCAUCUCCAACAAAGACGUGCGACAGCGCCGGCAGGUCCUCAAGGACUCGGUGAAAGUCAUUCAAAAGGUAUCUCAAGGAUUUAUUCAACCUGUGAAUGAUGGUUCCUGUCUCGUUGAGUGUCUCUGCGUGAACUUCGACUUCGACAGUGCCCAGAAGAAGCUCAGGGAGUGUGAGUCGGUUCUCGUGAAUGACUUCUUUCUGGUGGCCGGCCUUGAGGACUUCAUUGAAAACGCUUGUCUAAACGCUGAGACCUUCUGUCGGAUUCAUCACGUGCUGCCAGACGAGCUCGACAUGGCGCCCGAGGAGGCGGAGCGGUGGAUCAUCAUCCUCGUCCCAAACGCCAGACUCCACGCCAGGAUCGACUCCAAGCUGGGUCACGUGGUGAUGGGCAGCAAGGCAGUGACGCAGUACCAGCAGGUGGUCGAGAAGAACAAGAGUCUGUGGUUCAGGAGCCAGAUGUUGGUAAUGAACAUGGAGAAGAAGGUUGCUCACAGCAACAGGAACGAGACUCUGAACUGGGAAGCUCAAGACUCCGGCUUCUACUGA